AUGUUGGGACGCCCCUGGGUCCCAGGUUUCACCACGUACAACAAGCCUCUGGUUGCAAUCCGUCUGGAUCAGAUACAAUCCUUAUGGGAAAAGGUUGAACGGGAGUAUGAAACCGCUUCCAAAGCAGCUCUUCGCGAGGGAGGUAGCGGAAAUCUUCCGCUACUUCAAAACAAAUACGAGCACUGCUAUGCGGUGUACGAAAGAUGUGCUUCCAAGCUAAAUGAAGACAUCGACCCGCUUCAGGAUCGCUUUGAAAACAAGCGAUUGUUGGUAAACAGCCAACUAAAAAUCCUGUUUAGUCUUCCGACCCUAAGCAGUGAAUCAGGCACGGCCUUGAAAGAUCUGCAGAGCACAAUCCAAGGGUGCUUGAUAGCCCUCGAGCAUUCACAAAUUUUCACGGAAAAUUGGGACUGCCUUCUAAUUUUUCUAAUCUCCUCCAAGUUGCCGAAGGUCACUCUCUCGUUAUGGGAGCAGUCCUUGACCAAUAAGUCCGAAAUCCCAGCCUGGGAAGAAAUGAAUUCCUUUCUCGAGGAGAGAUAUCGCACGUUGGAAGCAAUUGAGGAUGUCCGACCCAAUUCUUCCAGCACACAGCAUUCGAGGGAGCCCAGAAGUGCACAACCAAGGAGGAUGGGCACUCCGGCAAAACCUAUGCUCAAGAUCGACACGACGGCGUUUGUGCUGCCGAACCUGGCCGGCAAUCUUCCGACAAGCACAAUUGAUCGAAGCAUUCUUGAUAGGCUGCCCAAUAUGCCAUUGGCAAAUCCGUCGUUUUUCCAGCCGUCUCAGAUAGACCUUCUUCUAGGUGCGGAUAUUCUUCCGUCUGUCCUGCUAUCAGGCUGGAGGCCAAACAUAUCCAUAGAGUCCGAAGCAACCAUGGAAACACUUCUCACAAAAUUUUGGGAGGUGGAGGAUCUUCCAUGCAGACUGAUAAAGGAGACGGACAAGUUGUGUGAAGACUUUUUCGUCCGAACAACUACCAGAUCCUGCGACGGGAAAUAUAUAGUAUCCCUGCCCUUCAAGGAUUCAGAGCACAUUGACUUGGGGCAUUCCAGGAGUUCCGCACUCGCACAAUUUCUGAGGAAUGAGACUCGCUUGAAGAAGGAGCCGGCUCUCAAAGACACUUAUGACUCAGUGAUCCAAGAAUAUAUCGAUCUUGGCCAUAUGAAAACGGUGCCUCCAAAUACUGACAAGAUAUAUUUCUAUCUACCCCAUCACGCAGUAUUCAAGCCCGAAAGGCCAGUACUGCAGUCCGAUCUCACUCUUCAAAUCCUGAAGUGGCGGACGUUUAAAUUCGUUUUCAAUGCCGACAUCACCAAGAUGUAUCGGCAAAUUCUCCUUAACCAAGAGCACACUCCGUUUCAGAGAAUCCUCUUUCGAAAUGGCCAAGGGGAUAUAUCUGACUUCGAGCUUCAGACGGUCACGUUUGGAGUGAAUUGUGCCCCUUUCCUGGCCCUACGAACACUGCAACAAUUGUCCGACGAUGUCAACGCCCAAUAUCCACGGGCGUCGCAUAUAAUUUUAAACUAUAUGUAUGUCGACGAUGUGCUAGCAGGAGCCCAUACAGAAGCUGAAGCUAUUUUAGCCAUUCAGGAGCUGCAAGCAGCUCUGAUCUCAGCUGGAUUCCCUCUCCGCAAGUGGACAUCGAAUGAACGUGCACUCCUUAAAGCACUUCCUAAAGAGCAUCUACUUUCGACUGAUUUUCUUGAUCUCGAAGAGGUCAGCACCACUAAGACAUUGGGAGUACGGUGGAACGCUACGACGGAUGAGUUCUAUUUUGUUCCAACAGAGGUCACCAUUCAGGCAAACUAUUCCAAACGCGACGUCUUAUCCCAAAUCGCGAAAUUGUUCGACCCAGCUGGGUGGCUCUCCCCAUUUGUGGUUCAGGCCAAAAUCCUGAUGCAGGAUAUCUGGUUAGCCAGCGUCGAAUGGAAUGAGUUUCUUUCUGCAGAACUACUACAUCGCUGGCAUGAUUUCCUUCGGAGCUACAGUUUCCUCCACCAAGUUCGCAUCCCGCGUUGGGUACAUUUUCAACCAGGUGUACAAGUCCAACUCCAUGGUUUCUGCGAUGCUUCCCAAAAGGCUUAUGGCGCAGCGAUUUACGUUCGCAUCCAGCGUGAUGGAAUCAUUUCAUCAAAUCUUCUAACGUCAAAGACCAAAGUCGCUCCGGUAAAAACCGUCUCGCUCCCGCGUCUAGAACUGUGUGGAGCCGUCCUUCUGGCAGACUUGUGGACUGCAAUUCUGCCUCAGAUUCCUUUCGGUCGUAUAGAAUCUUUUCUAUGGACUGAUUCCACUAUUGUGCUGGCAUGGUUGAACAAGCCACCAUGUCAGUGGACGACCUUCGUCGCAAAUAGAGUCACUAAAAUCGCUCAAAAUACUGAUGCCAGCCAGUGGUCUCACGUGCGUUCCGAGCACAACCCAGCAGAUCUAGCCAGUCGUGGAGAAGCGGCUGAAGAGCUGGCUACCAGUGAGCUGUGGUGGCAUGGGCCUUCCUGGCUAACUCAGCCACAAGACUCCUGGACUGCACCUUACGAACCAGUUUCCGACAUCGACAUCAAGAAGCGACCAUACCGCUUCAUCCAGCGCUCGCAAAAACGACCUAUUCCAGGCGAGCUGCAGCUAUCCAAUACAGAGAUUUCCACAGCUGAGCGACUCCUAAUUUUCAUGACCCGGCGCAGAUACUUUGCGCUUGAAUAUGCCUGCCUGAGCCAAAAGCGGCCAAUUCCAGCAUCCAGUUCUAUUAAGAACAUGAAUCCUUUCCUUGAUCCUCACGGCCUCAUCAGGGCGUGUGGUCGGGUGACGGCCUCCGAAGUCCUCCAAUAUGAUGAACGGCAUCCGAUCUUUCUUCCAUACAACUGUCAGUUGGCGCGUCUCCUUGUAUCCUUUACGCAUCGCAUAUCCUUGCACGGCGGUAAUCAGCUAAUGAAGUUGCAGACCCAACUCAUGGGCGAAUUACCAAAAGAAAGAACGUCCUUUUCGCGGCCUUUUACGUACACGGGCAUGGAUUAUGCCGGACCGUUUGAUAUACAGAACUACACCGGGAGAGCCUGCCUGAUUACCAAGGGCUAUGUGUUGGUGUUUGUAUGUUUCUCCACGAAGGCUAUCCAUUUAGAGCCUACUUCUGACCUCACAACAGAGAAAUUUCUCGCAGCAUUCGCACGAUUCGUCUCGCGAAGAGGGUGCCCUCGACAAGUUCAGUCGGACAAUGGGAAGACCUUUGUUGGUGCAGCCGCAGUGCUGUCGCGUGAAUUUCUGCAAGCUGUCAAGGAGUCCGUGACGAAUGCUUAUAGUCACCAGGAACUCCUUUGGCAAUUCAUACCCCCAGGAGCCCCGCACAUGGGGGGAUUGUGGGAAGCUGGAGUUAAAAGCUUCAAGACGCUGUUUUAUAAAUCCACAGCCACUCGAAAGUAUACGUUCGAAGAACUUUCCACAUUGCUGGCCAAGAUUGAGGCCUGUCUAAAUUCGCGUCCACUCGCCCCGAUGUCCGAAGACCCCACAGACUUGCUAGCACUCACGCCAGGUCAUUUUCUCGUAGGUGGACCCCUUCUCGCCACCGUCGAACCCGAAAUAAAGGGUGCGUCCACUUCAAUUAUCAACCGGUGGCAGCACCUUAAGGCUCUUCAUCAGCAAUUCCGCCUGAGAUGGAAGGAAGAGUACCUCAAGGAGCUUCAUAAGCGAACAAAGUGGCAAGUCCCCACAAGAAAUCUCGAGGUGGGCGAGAUGGUUAUAAUCAAGGACGAUAAUCUGCCAUCCAAUGAGUGGCGGCUCGGCAGGAUUGAUUCCGUGUUUCCCGGACCCGAUGGUCAUGUCCGAGUGGUGAAUAUUCGUACUGCUCGGGGAAUCGUUAAGCGCCCUGUCGCAAAAGUCGUAUUGCUUCCGGGGGCGACCUCCGAAAAAUCUCAAUAA